AGCAUGAAAACAUGAGGUCACGCACUAUGAAAGAUCGGUGGUGUAUGAUAUCGACUUUGCUUAUCAUAGCAUCUUUCUUGUCACUAUCAGAUACAUGGCAUGGCACUUCGAUCGCCGGCGUCUUCUUUCCCCACGGAAUACCUCCCUGAGCCGGAAAUGAAGGGGGAGGGUAAGAACUGGUGUCCCUAUGAAGGGGCGUUGUACAAUGCGAAUAGAAGUGCAAAAGGCUGUAUGAAAAUCACAAUUCGACCCGAAGAGCUCGCCAAUGAAUCGAAAGAAGACUUGCCUCCACUGGCCCUUCCAUCAGACCCCCCUCAUGGUACGCCAACCCCAUUACCGGGGUAUUAUCCGUUAGGAACGGAAAAUGUUGCAAGGUUCGAAGACGCCGUUGUUCGAUCAUCGGGCGCAACUGCGUUGCAAAAAGUAGUAUCCAUCCAUUCAGAAUCUUAUCGAGUCUCGACGCAAGGCGCAGCACAACAUCGUCCUCACGUGCUUAGCAACGGGUGGUGCUUGUUCAGUCACGCACACGGAUUGGAUGUAUGGGGUAACAACAAAGGGUCUGCUGCGGCGUUGCGCUGGCGCAACCCAGUUCACCUACCUCAUAAGCUUAUGAAAAUGAAACCCUUUCCCUGCGAUUGCAUGACGUCGGGAAUACUAUAUGGGGUUGAGCGAAAAGAGCGACUAGUGAAUACACUAAAGUCGAUCCGCAGCUUGAAUGAUAGCGCUCUUAUCUCGCUAAUGAUCACAAGCAAUCUCAACCAAGGCGAAAUCGGUAAAAUGACCCCUGACUACCGCGUCGCCAGAAAGGGAAAGGGAGGAUAA